AUGGAUUCCGAGGAAAUACGUGACGCGUUGAAUUCAAUGGAAAAUUCCAGUGUUAGUGGUGAUGAUUUCAGUCCAGAUGAAGAUGAAUACAUCCCAGAUUCAGACAGUGAUACAAGGAGUGAUGACAGUAUUGAUGAAGACCUCGAUAUUAGUGCUACAAAUGUUAAUAAUACUGCAGAUGAAGAACAGACGGAAACUACGACAGUAUGGACCUCGCCUGCUACCGGAGAGACUUUGAAGAAUUUCGAAGAAUUUACCAAUCCACCCCAGGUUUUGCAAUAUGAUGCCGGUACGCCAUUUCAAUAUUACAGAAAGUUUUUGACCGAUGAGAUAUUGGAUAUUAUUGUUGAAGAGACAAAUAGGAAUGCAAACUCUCAAGUAGCUGGCAUCGGUACUCGCAGCAGCAGUAGGAUGAAUAUGUGGAAAGAUACUGAUCGCCAGGAGAUCAUGGAGUUUCUGGCCAUAGUCAUGUAUAUGGGAAUGGUAAAAUACCCUGCAAUAACCGACUAUUGGAAACCAAGCACAUUGUUCAAAAACGCAUUCGUCCCACAAGUUAUGGCUCGUAACCGGUUCCAGAUCUUGCUCAAAUUCAUUCACUUCGCAGAUAAUGCCCAGUCCUCUGAAACAGUGUCAAAAACUUAUAAAAUUGACAAGAUCGUGCAGGAAUUGAUUCUGGCCUUUAAACAAAAUAGACCAGCUAGCCAAAAACUAGUUAUCGAUGAAAGUAUGAUACCUUUCCGUGGUCGUCUGGGUUUUCGACAAUACCUUCCUGGUAAGGCCCAUAAAUAUGGUAUUAAGGUGUUCAAAUUAGCAGACACUACAGGUCCUCUUAAAUAG